AUGGGAUACACUGCGAAAGCAACCAUUCCACUCAUUCCACUGGCAAAGGACUCCGUCCUGCUGCCCGGUGUCACCUUGCGAAUCUCAGUUUCGAACCGUUCCGAUAUACCCCUCCUUCUAUCUUCGGCGUUCCAACGUGCGACGAAAGGAAGAUCAGGAACAGCCCAACUCCCGGUGGGCUGCGUACCUCUAAACUCGCCCUUCCUUAGCCCCGAUGGCAAGGAGUUACUGGACAGUUCUGAGAAAGAGAGCAGCCGGCGCGUCGAGUACGCCGACAUAGCCCCUGGCAAUGCACGAAAGCAAGACUUGUUUGGCUAUGGUACUCUAGCGAAGAUCAUCGGGGUACAAGGAAGCUCAAAUGUGGACCCUUAUCUGGUGGUGGAGGGGGUUCAACGGUUCAGGAUCGACCGUAUCAAACAUGAGAAACCAUACUUUGAAGCAGAAGUCACAUUCUACGAGGACGAAGUCCCCGAUCUGAACGACGGCGACCUGCGAGCCAGUUUUACUCGGUUAAAACAACGGUCACGCGAGCUUCUCACCCUACUUCGCCUGUCUUCGCUCUUCCGCCCGGCGUCAAUGGUUCUCUCCCCACUCAUAGUCCGCCGAUUUGAGUUGUUCAUCGCCAAGAAGGACCUCUCGCAAGCUGGACAGUUGGCCGACUUCAUGACUGACAUUGUCGAGUCAAGUUUUGAGGAGAAACUUCGUAUUCUAAGCACUCUGGACCUUCACGACAGACUUGAGCGCGUCCUAGCUUUGCUUAAUAAACAGAUCGCUGGAAUCAACGGCAACAUCAAAAUCACCUCAAUCACGUCGACAACACUCCCUCCAAACCUGGGCGUGGACAUCUCCGACCUAAACCAAAGCCAAAGGGAGGCCCUAGCACGGCGAGCCAUGUCCGGGCUUAACGGCAUGACACCGCCGGGCAUGCCGGGUCAAGGCCGUGGCGACCCAGACGAAGAGAAUGAGGUUAAUGAAGUCGAAGAGCUCAAGAAAAAGGUAGCCGAGGCAGGGCUGUCCCCUGAAGCGCAAAGCGUGGCGGAGCGAGAACUGCGGCGCCUCAAGAAGAUGAACCCAGCCAAUGCCGAAUAUGGUGUUAUCCGCACCUAUAUUGAGAACCUAGUCGAAAUUCCGUGGACGAAAGUGACAGAUGACCAGCUUGGCGCGGACACUCUGGCACGGGCCCGGAAACAGCUAGACGACGACCACUACGGCCUCGAGAAGAUCAAGAAGCGGCUUCUAGAAUAUUUGGCAGUCUUGAAACUCAAGCAACAGGUCAACGCCGAUAUCGACCAGCAAAUUGCUCGGCUCACCAAGCAACUCACUCCCGCGCAGGAAGGCGAAGAGAAAGCAGUGGAGCAGAUUCCGGACGAUGAGAGGGAUGCAGCCACAGCCAAAUUGCACGUGCUGAAAUCCAAGCGUAUGAUCGACAAAUCCCCGAUCUUACUGCUCGUCGGCCCGCCAGGAGUAGGCAAGACAUCACUUGCGAAAUCUAUUGCUCUGUCGCUUGGUCGAAGAUUCCAUCGGAUCUCACUCGGAGGAGUAAGGGACGAAGCCGAAAUUCGUGGUCACCGAAGAACCUACGUGGCAGCCAUGCCCGGUCUCAUCGUCAGCGGACUCAAGAAGGUGGGAGUGGCGAACCCAGUUUUCCUGCUCGACGAAAUCGACAAGAUCAGCUCCAACAACUUCCACGGCGAUCCGUCGGCGGCCAUGCUGGAAGUUUUGGACCCGGAACAAAACCACAGCUUCAACGACCACUAUGUCAACAUCCCCAUCGACCUCAGCAAAGUGUUGUUCAUCGCCACCGCAAAUACCUUGGACACGAUUCCUCCUCCGCUGCUCGACCGGAUGGAAACGAUUCAUCUAUCAGGCUACACGACGAUUGAAAAGCGACAUAUCGCCAAGCAACAUCUGAUUCCGAAACAGAUUCGCACCAACGGUCUUUCGGAGGGCCAAGUCAUUAUCCCCGACGACGUUCUCGACACCAUCAUCACAUCGUAUACUCGGGAAUCGGGCGUGCGGAACCUCGAGCGCGAGAUUGGGUCUGUGUGCCGAUACAAAGCGGUGCAGUACGCGGACGCACGAGAUGCAAAUGAUAUGUCCAAGUACAAUCCGACCGUGACGGUUGAGGAACUCGAAGACAUCUUGGGCAUCGAACGGUUCGAGGAGGAGAUUGCCGAGAAGACGUCACGUCCUGGCGUGGUCACUGGUCUGGUGGCUUAUUCUUCAGGUGGCCAAGGUAGUAUCUUGUUCAUCGAGGUCGCCGACAUGCCGGGAAAGGGCACCGUGCAGCUCACGGGCAAGCUGGGCGAUGUGCUCAAGGAGUCGGUCGAAGUCGCUUUGACUUGGGUGAAAGCACACAGCUACGAUUUGGGUCUCACACAUGACCCUCACGAGGAUAUCAUGGAGAAGCGUGCCAUCCAUGUCCAUUGCCCUGCGGGCGCUGUGCCCAAGGACGGUCCUAGUGCCGGUCUUGCCCACACCAUCGCUCUGAUUUCUUUGUUUUCCGGUAAAGCCGUCCCGCCCCAGAUCGCAAUGACUGGCGAAGUCAGUCUGAGAGGUCGCGUCAUGCCCGUCGGCGGCAUCAAGGAGAAACUCAUUGGCGCCCAUCGCGCCGGCGUCAAGACUGUCUUGCUCCCUGCCCACAACCGCAAGGAUGUCAAGGAUGUCCCGGAGGAAGUUAAGCGGGACUUGGAAAUUGUCUAUGUCAAGUAA